GAUUUUUUGAAUGGAUUUUGUUGUGCUGUACAUUGUUGUGACAUGAUAAGUUUGGGUUUGUGAAGGACUAGUUUUGAUUCGUCUUGGCUGAGAAUGGCAACGGGUGGAGGUGAGAGCAGUGAUGCUCCAAAGGCAGAUACAGCAUGCAUCUUAGUGCUUGGAAUGGCUGGCUCCGGUAAAACGACUCUCGUGCAGCGCUUGACAGCUGACGUCUCUGCUCGUGGCAAGCAACCCUACGUUAUCAACCUGGAUCCAGCUGUUCUGGAGGUGCCUUUUCCUGUCAAUAUUGACAUUCGAGAUACGGUCAACUACAAGUCAGUCAUGAAACAGUAUAGCCUGGGUCCCAAUGGUGGAAUAAUGACAUCCUUGAAUUUGUUUGCAACUCGUUUUGGUGAGGUGUUGGACUUUGUCAAGAAACGAGCCCCAGAAAGCGAGUGUGUAAUUAUUGAUACUCCUGGACAGAUCGAGGUCUUCACCUGGUCUGCAUCGGGCACAAUCAUCACCGAGUCUCUAGGAUCCUUGUUGCCAACGGUGGUGGUGUAUGUGAUGGAUACGGAGAGGAGCACCAAUCCAGUCACGUUCAUGUCCAACAUGCUGUAUGCAUGCAGCAUACUGUACAAGACCAAGCUACCCUUCAUUAUUGCACUUAACAAGAGCGAUCGAGUUGACCAUCGGUUUGCAAUUGACUGGAUGAAUGACUUUGAGGCCUACCAACUAGCCCUGGAGAAUGAAACAUCGUAUGUGUCGGGAAUGGCGCGAUCGAUGAGCCUGGUGCUGGAUGAGUUCUACAAGAAUUUGAGGGCUGUCGGAGUGUCCGCAGCUACUGGUCUCGGUAUCAGCGACUUCUUUUCGGCUGUGAAAGAUGCAGUUCAAGAGUACCACACGGACUACAAACCAGAAAUUGAUCGACUGCGUCAGGAACAGGAAUCCAAGAAAGAGAAGUCCAGUGGAGAUGAGUUUGAGAAGUUCCGUGCGGAAGUAGCUGCCGGUGACACUAUUCUGGACCCGUCUCUGAAAGUUGAGGCAAAACCAGUUGAUCGCAGUAUUCACCUUGGCGCUGACCUGGAGGAGAUGCCAGAGUCAAAUGACACACCAGCGGACGAUGACGAUGUUCAUGAUGAGCGGUUUCGCCAAGAGAUCGCUGCUGCGCAUCGCUCCAGCAAAACGUAACACGGCGUGCUGCAAGACCAUGGUGUGUCUUCCAUGCGUGUAACACAAUGACACAAUAGGAUAUGCGAGCGGUUACCCAGCUCACUGGUCCGGGGCAGAUUUGAUAAGUCAAAGUCAGCAUCGUGCUCUGCACUGUCCGAGUGCCUGUUCCAUCCACUACCUGAAGAAUGCCGGUGGUAAUCAUUCAGCCUAACUGUCCGUAGCCGAGCACCGGUAGGUUCUGACAACAAACCUCUGUCUCUGCUAGAAACCCUAGUUUGACUGAUGCCUCCCCUGAUCAGACCAUCAUGACAGCAAAACUCCAGCUGUACGAAGGAGCACAGCACUGUGCUGGAUUGUGCAAUGCUCAUCUCUGAGCCUGCUCCUCUCUCGGACCCAGCAGAGAAUUAUUCUCAAAUGAAAAUUCAGAACAGUUCAAACUCUCAUUGCUAUGUUUCGAAAUCUGUCAACGUUUGUAGCAGCAGCUUCCCGCCAUUGUAUCAAGCAACCACAGUCCAAUAUUGCAUUGGCUUCUCUGGGUGUGGUGACGCUCAUGUGUGUCAGUGCAUAAGAUAAAUGAACUCCUAUCUUUUCCAAUCACUCGAUACGCUCUGUUGUCAAUCCAUUGUUUUCUCCAUGCUGACUUGAUAUCUCGUGCCACGUGUUGAGUCAA